AUGUGCCCGUCCUCAGGCCUGGGCACCAAGCCCAUCGUGGGCUUCCUCCUCCACUUGGGGCAGCUGCUCUCCACCUGUGUGCCCUUCUCGCUGGGGGCCAGUGAGGACACUCUGAAGGGGGACGUAAUUAACUGGUGCAUGUUCAUCUGGUGCAUCUGCUUCAUUGUGACCCUCACCGUCUUCAUAGGGGAGUUUUGUGGGCUCCGGUCCCGCCUCCCCUUCUCCUGGGACGGCUUUCUCUGUGUCCAUGCCUUUUACUUCUUCAUCUUCUGCCUCUCAACGUCCAUCAUCUUCGGCGCCACAUACAUCAAGUUCUUGCCUCCAGGCUCCACCCAAAACAGGGUCAUCACUGCCGCUGCAUUCGCCUUCGUGGCUGCUGCACUCUAUGCCACUGAAGCGUUCUGCAUCAUAUCCAGCCUGGAGGCAUGGUCUGGCUCAAGCCAGCCUUCCCAGGCCUGCUCAGGAGGCCCAGAGAACUAUGCUAACUGGUUCUUCAUCACCGCCAUCAGCAGCCCCCACCAGUAUCAGCAUCAGCCAGCCCUUGUUCGUGGUGGUGGACUUCAUAUGCUUCCUCCUAGAACCAGCUAUGAACUUCACAGUGAAGGGUUCAACAGGAAGCUGGAUGGGCAGCCCCGGCGGUCCAGUGAUGUGAGCUGCAGCAACAGACGCACCUGCUCGGAGUGCCCCGGGGACCAGCGGCUGGCUGUGGCCGUCCUACCCAGCUGCUGCUUGAUGAGGCCGACACUGAGCACCUGGCCUGUGAGGCUAUUGUAG